AUGUCGAGCUCGGGUUAUUCAAAACGAUCAACAGCGACUUGGAUGAUGUCUCCGAUAGCGAUCAUCAUUUGGAUCAAAUGGACGGAGAUGGAAAAUAAUGUGGUAAUGCCAUUCCAUGAGCGUAAAUUGAGAGGUCUUGACAACGACCAUGAUGAAAGCAGUGACUAUCCCCGUCGGAUGUGGAUGAAAGGCGAGUUUAAAUGUCUUGGUUGGGUGGAGACGAAUGAUGAUGGUGAUGAACUAGGGACACGGAGAGAGUGCUGGCAACGUAUUCGAGCGGGUGACGCCGGAUACUGCGAGGUGAUGAACAGUACUUCCGGAGAAGUGUUUCACUUGAUGCAAACAACUAGUCUCUCCUUGAAAGACGACGCUCGGUUCACAUGUGAGUUGUCCAAAACAUUUUCUUCAUUUCAAUUUCAUGCCGCAGCGUAUCGUCAUGAUCCACCCAUGGCUUUUGAUCCAUCCAACACGCAAGGAAUCGUCAUGGCUGUCCAUGAAGGCGUACUGCCAAGCGCAUUUGCCAGUAUUCGUCGUCUGCGGGACACUGGGUGUAUACUUCCAAUCGAACUUUGGUUUCGUCACGAUGAACUCACGCCAGACAACCCGGUGCUGUUGCUGCUGAUGGAGAAGUUUGGACCCGUCCACCUCCGACAAGUAUUCGACGAACGUAUUUACGGCUUCAACAUAAAGGUUCACGGUCUGUACUAUUCACAGUUUACCAGCGUGUUACUGUUGGAUGCUGAUAACUUUGCUGUUCGUGACCCAACGCCGCUGUUUUCUUCAACGGUGAUGCAAAACUAUGGCGCAGUGUUUUGGCCCGAUUUUUGGCACCCAGGAAACUCCAUCUUUAAUCUUCACGCACAAAGUUUGGUAUGGGAGCUCUUAGGACUCGACUACGUUCACAUGCUGGAACAGGAAAGCGGUCAGCUACUCGUGAAUCGCGCUAUGAAUAGGCGUGUGCUCGACCAGUUGCUCUACUAUGCGACUCAUUCACCAAACUUGUUUCAUAAGCUGAAACUCGUCUGGGGCGACAAAGAUCUGUUCCGUUUGGCGUGGCUUCAAAGGAAAAAAAACUUCCACUAUAACGAUCACCGCAUGCCCGGGGCGCUUGGAAUCGUAAAUGAGGGUCGCCAACGUUUCUGCGGGGUCACAAUGGUGCAGUAUGACUUGUAUGGGAAAAAUAUGCUUUUCUGGCACCGCAACACUAUCAAAUUAAGCGGUCGCGGUGAUGAUAAGCUCGUUUGGCACAUGCUUCAAGAGCUUCCCACUUUUGCAGGAGAAGAUAGUCAUCCACAACCCAGAAUUCAGUCUUUCAACGGCGACAAAAUGUUCAACCAAACCUCAUGCUUUGGUGUAAAGCGCUAUGCGAGAAAUUCGAACGUGCAGAUGACACAAGUUGAGGAGCUCAAUAUGUUGGCCUUGUUGGAAAACGCUCUGAUCAAGUACGCACGCCAGGCAUACCAGUUGCUUCACGACGACACUGACGCGCCAUCUUCGUGA